AUGUACGAUACUCAGUGUCAUAUUCAUUUUCCCGACGUAAAUCGGAAUAGUUUGAUGGAGAAAAGCAAUCAAGUGUCAAUAUCAGGGCAUGUAGAAAAUGUGGAGCGAGCCAGGCAACGUAUCAGAGAUAUGCUGCCAAUCAGUUUUACGUUCCCUCUUCCACGAUCUACUACCCCUGCUGAGGUGAAUGCUUACCGAAGUAGCCAAAUGCGACUACAACUUGAACAGCGCUUCGGAAUUGAUCUAUGUUAUAGGCAAGCAAUCUGUUCAUCUUCCCCAGGAGGCAUUCCUGGCAAUACCAAUCUCUCUUCUAGCCACAGAAUAAGAUCCAUUGGUAGGGAAGGUAUACUUAGUCAAAACGGAUGGACUGGAGCUGCAAACAACGGCUUUGGACCAUCACCUGGGUGCAGCGAGAAUGAGCCAGAGGUUUCUUGUCCUACGGAGCCAGUAGUGAGAGGGGACAAUGUGCUGAGAGGAGUGUUGUCCCCGAGUUUGGCUGGGGCGCACCUAACGUUAACCCAGUCUUCCCAAAAAGCCGUCCUGGACCCCUUUUUUGAAUAUGCCCCUAGCCAAAUGAUGUCAGGACCAGUAUCUCCAUCUUCUGUGACUCUGCCCACGGCUACCGUUAAGGGACUUGUCGCUACAGCCAGACGAACGAAAGAAGCUGUGACUUAUCUUCUUGACUAUCACUAUGGCGCAUAUGCAGCACUUCACUAG